AUUUGUACAGCCUACAAUCAUAAUUUGACAAAUGAUUGUUACAGUAUGUGAUCUAAAUAUCUGUUGAGUGACUGGGGGCCAUGAAACAGUCGUCCUUCGCGGUUGCUAUUUAGAAAAAUAAGCCAAUCAGAACGUAGUAUUUGCGGGCUUUAAACUGCGCCAGAUUCAAAAUCUCAGUCGUAGUUUGGCUUUCCACGUCGUUGCAGCUCAACUCCAUUGUUCGUUCUACAUCAAGUCAACUUAGAUCAGCUUUUGUAAACAGUAUUUCUACAAUUAUAUAUUGCUCGAAUUAUACAAAGGCCAACUCUCAAAAUGCCUUCAUCUGCUCAAGAAAACCGUUUGAAAUCAUUCAAGAACAAAGGUCGUGAUACCUCGGAAAUGAGGAGACGGCGAACAGAUGUAUCGGUUGAAUUGCGCAAAGCCAAAAAAGAUGAUCAGUUACUUAAGAGAAGAAAUAUUGACUGUGACGAACCUCCUAGCCCUCUACAAGAGCAGAAACAGCCAGCCAUUCCUAUGUCAAUUGAUGAAAUUAAAAAUGCUGUAAUGAGCACUGAUGUCCAAAAACAACUGCAGGCCACUCAAGCUGCUAGGAAAAUGCUAUCACGAGAGAAAAGCCCACCUCUCAAUGCUAUAAUCAAUUCCGGUUUAGUACCAAAGUUUGUGGAAUUUCUUGGCCGCAAUGACUGCCCUGCUAUGCAGUUUGAAGCUGCCUGGGCUCUAACAAACAUUGCUUCUGGAACAUCGGAACAAACCAAGACCGUGGUAGAUCAUAAUGCUGUACCAGCAUUUGUCAAACUGCUUAGUAGUGAACAUCCCAAUGUGUGUGAGCAAGCUGUGUGGGCUCUAGGAAACAUUGCAGGUGAUGGUACAGACUACCGUGAUUAUGUCAUCCGUACCGGCAUUGUACAACCUUUAUUAGCAAAUAUUACACCAAAUAAAUCUGCUGCAUUCCUGCGCAACGUUACCUGGACACUUUCCAACUUGUGUCGUAACAAAAGUCCCCCUCCACCAGAAGACACUGUGAAGCAAGUUUUGCCAGCACUGGCUCAAUUGAUAUACCACAGUGACAAGGAGGUCCUUGCUGAUGCCUGCUGGGCUCUGUCUUAUUUAACAGAUGGAACAAAUGAUAGAAUACAGCUUGUUGUGAACAGUAUUAAUUUAGCCAGACUUGGUGAACUAUUGGGAUGCUCUGAAGUGGCCAUUAUAACACCAUCACUACGAACAAUUGGUAAUAUCGUCACUGGUACUGAUGAACAGACACAAGUAAGAAUUGGUCCCAGGUUUUUUCUUUUAACUUUCCCCAAGGGGCACAAGUACCCAAAUGGUGGGAUAUUUGGUGCCCCCUUUCAGUUAGACAAAUGA